AUGGCUUACAUUUUAACAGAAACAGCAGCAGGGUAUGCGCUUUUGAAAGCCUCUGAUAAGAAGAUCCACAAAUCAUCUACUUUGAUCCAAGACUUGAAUUCCUUGGAAAAAGUUGCCGACCAAUUCAAAAUUCAUCGUUUUGAAAAGUUCCAAAGUGCUGCCAAUGCUUUGGAAGAGGCCAAUGCGAUAAUGGAAGGAAAAGUUUCCGAUAGUUUGAAGAAAUUGUUAGAGGAUGCCAAAUCAGACAAGAAAUCUACAUUGAUAGUCUCAGAAACCAAGUUGGGUAACUCCAUUAACAAAUUAGGUUUAAACUUUCAAGUUGUAUCCGACGCAGCCUCUUUAGACUUACACAGAGCAAUCAAACAGUUUUUACCAGAAUUGUUACCAGGAUUGGAUAAUUCCGCCCUCAAUCAAAUGUCCUUGGGUUUAGCACACUCCAUUGGCCGUCAUAAACUUAAGUUCUCAGCAGACAAGGUGGACACAAUGAUUAUACAAGCUAUUGCGUUAUUGGACGAUUUGGACAAGGAGUUGAAUACCUAUGCCAUGAGAUGCAAAGAAUGGUAUGGAUGGCAUUUCCCAGAAUUGGCAAAGAUUGUAACCGACUCUGUUGCAUUUGCCAGAAUUAUUUUGACCAUGGGUGUUAGAUCUAAUGCUGCAGAGACAGAAUUGUCAGAAAUCUUGCCCGAAGAAGUUGAAGAACAAGUUAAAACAGCUGCCGAAGUUUCCAUGGGUACUGAAAUCACUGAAAAUGAUUUGGAAAACAUCAAAGCUCUAGCCGAACAAAUUGUCGAUUUCGCCGCGUACAGAGAACAGUUGUCAAACUACUUGAGCUCGAGGAUGAGAGCCAUUGCCCCAAAUUUGACUGCAAUGGUUGGAGAAUUGGUUGGAGCUAGAUUGAUUGCACACGCUGGGUCUUUGACAUCUUUGGCAAAGGCACCUGCAUCCACUGUACAAAUUUUGGGAGCAGAAAAGGCUUUAUUCAGAGCUUUAAAGACUAAACACGACACUCCAAAGUAUGGUAUAAUAUAUCACGCUUCGUUGGUUGGCCAAGCUAGUGGUAAGAACAAGGGAAGAAUUGCUAGGGUUUUGGCAGCUAAAGCCGCCAUUUCCUUGAGAUACGACUGCUUUGAUGAAGAAAGAGACGACUCAGAAGAUUUCGGUUUGGAAAACAGAGCCAAGGUUGAAGGCAGAUUGAGUCAAUUGGAGGGAAGGGAUAUGAGAACCACUUCAAGAGUUAGCAGACAGCAGCCAAAGAUUGAUAUUACUGAGGCCAGAGCUUACAAUGUUGACGCUGAUGCCCCAUCGAGUGCUGCACAAGAUUCGGAUGAUGAAUCAGAAACUGAAGAAGUUGAUGAGAAAGUGGACGUGAAAGAGAAGAAAUCAAAGAAAGACAAGAAGGAAAAGAAGGAAAAGAAGGAAAAGAAGGAGAAGAAGGAGAAGAAGGACAAGAAGGAGAAGAAGGAGAAGAAGGAGAAGAAGAGAAAGAGAGAAGAAGAUGGGGAAGAGAAGUCAUCAAAGAAGGAAAAGAAGUCAAAGAAAUCCAAAAAGGAUUAG